AUGCCAUAUCGUCCUUGGGGGCCCUUGGAAAGGUCCCUGGUGGAGGUGUCGCCCUUGGGAGGGUCCCUGGAGGCGCAGAUGCCCCCGGGAGAAUCCAUAGGGGCGCAGACACCCGUGGGAGGGUCCUAUAAAAUCCUCAACCCCUGGGAGAAUCCCUUAAAGCACAAUUCCCUGGGACGUUCCCUAGGUGUCCUUUCGCCCCUAGGAAGGUCGUUGGAGAUGCCGAUGCCCCAAAGAGGGUCCCUCAGGGCGAACCUGCCCAUGGAAGAGUUCCUGGGGGCGAACCCGCCCCUGGGAGGGUCCCUUGGGGAGAGGCUGCCCCUAGGAGGGUCCCUGGGGGCACUUCAGCCCUUCAGAGGGUCCCUACCACGCAUGCCAUAUCGUCCUUGGGGGCCCUUGGAAAGGUCCCUGGUGGAGGUGUCGCCCUUGGGAGAGUCCCUGGAGGCGCAGAUGCCCCCGGGAGAAUCCCUAGGGGCGCAGACACCCGUGGGAGGGUCCUAUAAAAUCCUCAGCCCCUGGGAGAAUCCCUUAAAGCACCACUUUCCCUGGGACGAUCCCUAG